AUGGUGAUACUGAGAAAAAUUCUAAAAAUCUUAGAAGAUCCUAAAUACCCGUCAAUUGCACCGCAUCUUUACUUAAUGUCUCUAACCGGCUUGUGGCAUCCGAUUCGAUCUAUUGGCGCAAUUAUUAAACGAGCUCUUUUUUACAUCACAGUUGCUCUUUUGUUCAGCCAAUAUGUCAGAAUUAUUAUUAAAUUUGACAAUUAUUCGUUAAACAUCCUCCUUCGCUACGCCCCAUUUCACAUCGGCGUAAUAAAGGCAGCUCACUUCCUCAAAAACUAUAAUCUUUGGGAAGAUUUCAUCACUUACAUUGGUAGUCUUGAACAAAAGCAAUUGUCUGGAAAGGAUCGCGUCGUAAAUAAUCUCGUCAAUAAUUAUAUAAAUUAUAACCGCUAUGUAACAUACCUUUUCUGGACUAUGUCAUUAGUCAUGUGCAAUUGGUUAAUAUCUGAAUUUUAUCAGAACCCAGAAAAGGAGUCAAACGUAGAAAAAUUUGUCAUGUUCGAUGUCUAUGCACCUUUUAGCGAACAACCUUAUGCCUAUGGAGCUCUUCAAAACAUGAUGGCUUAUUUAAUAGGUUGUUAUAUAGUGGGAUGGGAUACACUUGUCGUGGCUGUAAUCAUAUUUUUCAACGGUCAGCUGAAAAUUGCAAAACACUACUGCACAAAUCUAAUUGAUGGCAAUAACAGCGAAAUUAGUCACAAAAACAUUGCCGAUUUUCAUCAACAUUAUAUCAUGCUAAUCAAGUACCAAAAAACAUUCAAUGCUCUCAUAUCGCCAAUAAUGUUCACAUAUCUUGUUAAUGUGUCUGUGAAUCUUGGAUUUAGUAUUAUCGAAAUAUUUCAGGAUAAAGAUAAGGCCGUACUCAACUUUAUGUAUUUAAUAGCGUGUUUUAUUCAAUUGCUGUUUUACUAUUGGCACACUAAUGAAGUCACAGUUCAGAGUUUGAAUGUAAGCUACGGGAUUUUCGAAAGUGAUUGGACGGCAGCAGAUCUUAGAGUUCAAAAAGAGGCAGCCCUGCUGUGUGUAUUGACUACUAAAAGAUUAAUAUUCAAAGCUGGGCCUUACAAUGAAAUGACUUUAAGUACUUUUAUUGGGGUCAUCAAAGGGACUUACAGUUUUUACACGCUGUUAAGUAAAACUAAUAAACCGCACGAAUAG